CGAUUUUUUCGGCCAACGACCUGCAAUGGCGCAUCGGAAGAAGGUUCUGCUCAAGGUGAUCAUCCUCGGCGACAGCGGGGUUGGCAAGACGUCCCUGAUGAACCAAUAUGUGAAUCAAAGGUUCACCAACCAGUACAAGGCCACGAUCGGCGCCGACUUUUUGACCAAGGAGAUCAUGAGCGACGAAAAGCUCGUGACCAUGCAGAUCUGGGACACGGCGGGGCAAGAGCGCUUCCAGAGCCUCGGGGUCGCGUUCUACCGAGGGGCUGACGCGUGUGUGUUGGUGUACGACAUCACGAACCCUGCAUCGUUCGACAAACUCGACAGUUGGCGCGACGAAUUCCUCGCGCAAGCUGGUCCCCGAGAGCCAGGGGCGUUUCCCUUCAUCGUGCUUGGCAACAAAGUCGACCAAGAGGCGGAACGAAGAGUCUCGACCCAAAAAGCGCAGCAAUGGUGCAAAUCGAAAAACACCGACCAGCCCAUCUCGUUUUUUGAAACGAGCGCGAAAGAAGCGACGAGCGUGGAAGAUGCGUUCCAAACCAUUGCCAAGAUUGCGCUCCAAAAGGGCCAGGAAGAAAACAUCUUUGUGCCGGCCACGACCAUCGACUUGAGCGGCGCAGCGUCCAAGUCCACCAAGGGCGGCAGCGGCAGUUGCUGUUAGUUUGUAUGCAUUUGUGGAACAUGUUGAUACUAAUGUCAUCUCCGCUUGCUGUUAAUCCGAAGGCCAUUGGUUAACAGUUACGACAGCUUCGCUCGUCAUUUCCCAGUAGUAGCGAGUUCACCUUCAUUAGCAUUUCCGCGUAAUAUUUCCUAAAAUUGCUAUGCCAAGCCUUUUUUUUUGCCUUGGGAGUGCUGUAUCCACACGGAGUUGUCGACUUCUUCCUGGCUAUUGGUCGCGAGCAUGUAAUGCUUCAACGCGGUCGAAAUCUGCCGAGCAUUCGCAAAGGUUUCUUCGAACGUCGCCACCUCUG